AUGAAAUUCGUCGUACUACUUGUUGCCGCACUCGUUGCCGCUUGCACGGCCCAGAUUCGGCCACUGCCCAUCCCGCUCGCGAGAAAUCCGGCCGUUUACGGUGGUCCCGAGGCGAGCGCCGUCAUCCUGAACCAGGUGUACGAACCCAACCCGGACGGUUCGUACAUCUACAGCUACGAAACGAGCAACGGCAUCCGGGCCGAGCAGCGUGGCUUCCUGAAGAACCCCGGAACGCCCGGCGAGGCGCAGGUCAUGCAGGGUUCGUACUCGUACACCGGUCCGGACGGUGUAGUCUACACGAUCAACUACAUCGCCGACGAGAACGGAUACCGUGCCGAGGGGGCCCACAUCCCGUCCGCGCCUCGGUACAACCCACGCUAUCCUGGCCAGUUCCAGUAG